AUGGAAAAGAAAAGUCAGGGCUUCUCUUACUGUUCUGAAAAAAUUCCAAGCAGGUCAUUUUAUUGCAGAUCAUCUCCCUUUAGCUCAGAUCAGAAAAUAUCCUUUUCUUGCUUUCUCACAAAUCCACAAUAUGGCUGCCUAAUGCAUGCAGAUGGCCAUGGUGAAGUAUGGACAGACUGGAAUGAAAUGUCCAAGUUUUUCCAGUAUGGAUGGAGAUGUACAACCAAUGAAAAUUCUUACUCCAACCGUACCUUAAUGGGCAACUGGAACCAGGAGAGGUAUAGCCUUGAGAAGAUUGUUCAACCACAACCACUACCUUCCAAGUUUGGUCACUAUUUUGAAACAACCUUUGGUGCCAGCUACAGAAAGAAGCUACCUCCAACACAAAGUAGAUUUAAAAAAGAACCUCACUGUUUCCCUGGACAUCAAACUGAGCUUAUUCCUCCUCCAUACAAAGCUAGUGCCACAGGAAGGACAGAUUACAUGAUUAAUUAUUCAGGACCUAAUACCAGCAAAGGCCUUGGAUAUCUAUGUGAUCCCAUAGAUGAGCUAUACUAAGGCCCAACCUCUAGGGAGGAAACAAGACAGGCUUCUUUUUUCUAACGUAGACUAUAACUGUGAAUAGUGUUUCUAUUCAAUACAUAAGAAUUUUGUUAUCUGUCAUAUAGUAUAGUAACUCUUCUGAGAAUAAAAAAUA